CGGACUCGGCGCGCACUCUUCCGAUUUCAGCUGAGACGAUACGGGCGGGGAGGGGGUGGAAGGUGCCGUGCGCCGUCACUGGGCGCUCGUGUUGGUAGUAAAUACGAAAACUUGAAUGGUCACGAUAUGUUGACGCCAAGCACGCUGCCUCAUGGACUACUGCAGUGAUGUUCCAGUGGGAAGAUAUCUGAUAUGGGGGUUAGUGCUCAUGCGUCGUACCUGCCGGUCUACGCGACUACCCAUGUGUCUAUCCAACGUGGGCUCGGGACUGAGUUCGUCACUCGCACUUACGAUAUUGACGAACAUACUAUACACUCUCCUAUCAACGCCCUAUUCCUCUAACCUAUCAAUUUGCUCUGAGCACAUCAGAGCACACGCGCACAAUGGUUCCUGGGCCAUCCCAUUCGCAUUACACUCGACUAGCUCGAACCGUUACGAUCCUCCAUAUCGUCCCUGAGGGCUUUACAUGGCGCCGUCAUGGGUCAUAUUUGUACGCCGGUGACUGCGCCAACGCCUCAGAGCCGGACAUCGCAGGCGUAGGCGUCGUCAUUUCGUUUGUGCUCGCCAGCGCCAUGACGACGGCGGCCUCGAUCCUGGCGAUGAUCCUCGACAACGCGUAUGACUCCAAAGGGCGGUUCGCGCUCAGAGCACCGGUCACGUAUGUCCGCGAGCGGUUCGUGGAUACACAGUGGAUGAAGGACUAUGCGUGGCGCCCGUUUCUCGAUCCGCUGAUCAUCGGAUUCGGGGACCAGCAGUUGGUGACCGGGUAUGCGGUGUUGCUGAGCGGGUGGAUCAAAGUGGCUCAGAACUCCUUCGAAGUCCAAGGCGCCCACUUCGUCCUCAUCCUCUACAUCUGCGCACUCUCUUCCUCGUCCCACCUCGCCGCUAUCAUCACCUUGCGCAAGUACUUCCGCAAAUACAAGCUCAUCGCCAAGAUCCGGCUCACGCUCGUCAUCUUCUUCGCUGUGUGCCUCUUCGCAUCCAUGAUCGCCGCCAUCAGCAUACCGCCUACGGUCUCCCACAACGACAGUGCCAUCAAGCAGCGCACCCGCGUCCAGCGGCUUGCGUUCCUUGUACCCAUGCUCUUCAUCCUCGUCGGCUUCUCCACCGCGCUGGUUUGUAUCGUGUACGAUCCCGCGCACAAACCCUCGUCUCGCGCUCACGAUUCCCAACACUCGGUCGGAGGGAUAGUGCGCCGCCUCACUGACCAAACACCCCCAACCCCGUCCUUCUCGCCCCACCGUAUCUUGCGCCCCGCGCACUUCGGUCUGCGGCUCAUCUACUUCGUGUUCCUGAACCCGCUGAUCGCGUUCGCGGUGCAGCUCCUGCUCGCCAUCCUGUCGGCGAUUCUCGUCCUGACGCAGAAGUUUGCGCAGCCGAGCGACACCAGGAGUUUCUGUGGACUGCAGGAUGAAGGGGACAAUGAGUGGGGCUUUGGGCAGACGCUGAGUGUGGGCAUGUUGUUGCUGCCGGUGCUGAGCGCGGGGCAUACGUUUUUCGAGGGGAGGCAGGAUAUUAGUGAGGCGUAA